AUGGCUAAGAGAAAAGCUUCUUUGCGACAUUCUAAACGGUUCUCCGGAAAUAGAUCUUCCUCUCUGUAUAACUCUGCAGUUCUCGAUUCGAAUUCAACUAUUUUAGGUGAAGAAUCAAGAUUUUGGUGGAAUGAUUUGGAAGAGAAUACGUCUUUGCGAUAUGCUUUAAUACGUAAUAAUGGAAAUGAAACAACUCAACAAUUGAGUCAGAAUUCAGAAACCAAACCUGAUCAAAAUACAUUACAGUGGUACAAAUAUUUAUCAUCGGACAGUGAACAUAAUGCUUCAAACUCAAAAGAAAACUUUAACAGAGAGGAUAGUCCAAAUUUGAGUAUAAGAUUAAAGCCAAAUAUUUUUAAGAAAAAAAGAGGUAAUAAAGUGGAAGAUCGGAAUAUCUUUCAAGAUGUACUGGCAAAAAAUAGCAUUUUAGACAGCAGUAUAAGGAAAAAAUCGUUUGGACUUGAUAAGGAAUUCUUGCAGAAUUCAACUUCUCAGAAUAUUGAUACAAACAAGGAUCAUAUUAAUGAUCAAAGGAAAGGAUCUAUAAAAUUAUCACAAGCGUUAUCACUGGAUAAUGAAAUUGAUUCUUCGGAUGUAUCAACUUUGAAAAAUCAGAAUGCAACAUUUGAAAAUAAUAUUAUGUCUGAUAUUGAUGAGACAGAGCACGGUAAUGAUAAAAGUAAAAGAUUAGGUAAACGUAUGAAAUCCUAUUUUUCGCGACGCGCACGAAGAAGCACAGGAAGAAAUACUUUUGAAAUUGCUCUGGCUGAUGACAAAGAUAUAUCAGCAUUGAAUGCAUCUAAGAAGCAAUUGUUAAAUAUUUCAAAGGAAAAAAACAAAGACAAUAUUGAAGAAGGUACGAGCAGUUCAUCUUUAAAUAAUAAUGAAAUUCGCAAGUCCGUGAAAUUUUCAAAGUCAAAAAUUAAAUAUUCGAGAUCACAUAAUAAGAGCUUAAAUGAAAAUUCACAAAAGGAGCCAUUUGAACAGAACAAUACAAACGGAGAACAGACUUUAAGCAUAUUCACUGAACGAUUAUCCAAUUUAAGUUCUGGUAAGGAAACUCGUUUAACGCGCAAUAGUUCUAAAACGCGAUUUGAAACACCGACGCCUACGAAGAAAAGAGCACGUAAAGUUACGAAUGAUGAUUUGGAACACAACAUCAAUGAAGAACAAAAUUCAGACACAUUGGUCAAACGAUUACCCAACUCAAGUUCUGGUAAGGAAACUCGUUUAACGCGCAAUACUUCUAGAAUUCGAUCUGAAACACCGACGCCUACGAAGAAAGGAGCACGUAAAGUUACGAAUGAUGAUUUGGAACACAACAUCAAUGAAGAACAAAAUUCAGACACAUUGGUCAAACGAUUACCCAACUCAAGUUCUGGUAAGAAAACUCGUUUAACGCGCAAUACUUCUAGAAUUCGAUCUGAAACAUCGACGCCUACGAAGAAAAGAGCACGUGAAAUUACAAAUGAUAAUUCGGACUAUGACAUGAAUAAAGAGCAGGAUUCAAGCACAUUGGACAAAGAAUUAUCCAAAUCAAGUUCUGGUAAGGAAGCUCGUUUAACACAUAAUAGUUCCCGAAGUCGAUACAAAACACCAAACUUUACAAGUGGGGCAAAAUUGUCUACACAGUCUGCAAAUAAGAACGUCCAUAUUGAAGAUGUCGAUGUCGAUAGCGUAAGUACGAUUUCUGAAAUAAAUGUAGAUGAUUCCUUACCAAUAACAAGUUCUACAAGAAUUUCUUCCGCUCAAAUUAAUGAGGGUGUAAAAGCCCACAAAAAUGCUAUUUUAUUCUUUAAUACGGCUGAUGAAGAAGAUGUUUUCGCGACGCAAAUGGUUCAACGAAAAUAUUCUUCGCCAGGUAACAGAACGAGCAACAAGACAAUAAAUCAGCAAACAUUGUCGACCGUGGUAAAUCUAAAUAGCAUUAAAGAGAAUAAAGAAACUUCACAUAGGCAAAAGAGCUUGAAUAGGUCAUCUCAAAAUGACAGCACGCCGAUUAAAGCAUUAAGUAAAAAUAUUUCUAUUCGUAAUAAAUUAAAUUCACCCAAAAAAUUGAAAACGAUAAAUGAUUUUUUCAAAGUGAAACAAUCUUCUACAACAGUGGCUGAACCGUCUACAUCAAGUAAUAAGAACUUGGCGCCCUCACAAGCUUUCAUUGAGAAAAUAGAGAAGAUUAAAAUGGAGCUGGAGACAAAAAAGCGAAUGAAGAGCCACGAAAUGGCUGCAACUGAUAAGAAAAAAUGUGAGUUGAAAGUGAGAAAUGCGAAUCCCGUCAGUAUCGUGGUAAAACAACGUGCUAAGGAUAAAGUGCCUGCAAAGUCGACAAAGAAAGUGGACAAGGCGUUUCUAGUAAACGGAAAGGUCUACAAAGUACCGAGGCUUCCUCGCCCCAAGUAUUGGGUCACAGAUCACCUUUAUAAGUUCUUGUGGAAACGCAUGGAGAAAAAGUAUAAAUUUGCAACAAGAAUAAAAUCUGAGAAAUUCGUGCAAGAGUUAAGCAAGAUAGUCUCUUUUAUCUGCAAUAGUAAGAAGUACGACAGCUAUAAGAUGGAAUUAAAAGCACUGAUGAAAGAAAUGGCUCGACUGAAUAUUAUUAAGACUCGUAACGACUUUUAUAAUUUUUGUUGGGAUUUUAUGCCAUAUGAAUUUCGUGUUAAAGCUGUCCCUAUGUUAUUACCUGGCAACAAAAGGACCAUUCCUUACGAUCCAGAAAUGUUACAUACACCAUUACUCAGUGAUGAUCAUUACGAUGAUUAAAAUCGUAAUACGAAAGGAUAGUUACAAUGAUAGUCGUCUAAAAAUUACACCAAAUCAAUUAAAGACUUUGUUAGAUUGUGCUUUUGCAAUCACUUUGUGAUACCGCGUUUGUGAUAUAUCUAUAUCUAAGUCAUAUCUAAUUAAUAAUAUACUUUAUAAUAUUGAUAUACAAAUAAUAUAUUUUCGAUAAAUGUAAGAUGUGGAAGUAUUGUCUGCAAUCUCUAUAACGUGAAGCUCCACGUGCAAAUAAUCGUAUAAUAUUGUUACAUGUGAUUUUUUCAGAUAAAGUUAUGUAUUUCUUAUAUUUUUUUAAAUAACAUUCUGCUCUUUAUAUAUUUCGGUCUGAUAAAACGCAUUAAGUAUUAAUAAACGCCGCGUGUGAAUAAACGGCCCGAAAAUUAUUUACACGUAGCGCGAACGGCCAAUAUUUGCACUUUCGCUCUCUUUCUGUCAGCGUCCUAUUUGGCACGCGUCCCACGAGCGCGUGUGACGUCCGAAACGCAGUAUUCCCACGCCUUUGAUACCCAAACUUCUAUAUGUAUCAGCCACUUUAAGCGAUCUGUAUUACAUGUUUAUUUACUUAUUCCUGUAAGGUGCGCAUAUAUAUAUAUACGCUCGUAGCGCGGCGUUAUAUAUAGAUCUAUUGUGAUCUCUACAGCUAUAAAUAUCUUCCUAAUCGUU